UUUAUUUCGAAGUGCGCGUAAAGAAACGCCGGUUUUUUACGCGCAUACGACUCGGGUCGUUGUCGUAAGCCGUGGGCGUAGGCCUUUUACGAUUUUGGCACGUGUUGCUAAUUCUUUUGAGUUAUUUUAAAAAUUGGGGUCGUGCUUCCCGAAAAUUGUUUAUAUUUUUACUUCAUUUUUAAUUCGUUUCUUUAUGUUAAUCGAGAAAAGUAGUGAUAAUAACAAUGAAUUUAUAUAAAAACUAAAUAGAUAUUAAUUUAUCUGUAAAAACAAUUAACGACUAUAAUUAAAAAAAAAAAAAUUAAAAUGAACUUUAAUAUCACAUAAAUUUAAAUUUCGACAGAAUUUAGCACAGAAUUUUUAAAUUAAGUGGAGCUAAAUUUAAACGAACGAGCGAAUACCACAACGAAUAACGAUCAACGAAUUUAUAGAUAAAAAAAAAGUUAUUUUUAGAAAACGGAAAACAAAUCUCUUUAGACUACCCAAAAAAAGUUUAAAAGAAACAGUUGUUACUUAGAAUUUUGCAUUAAAAUUAAAAGUGCUUGUUAUAUUAUUGUAAUUUAAAUCAAUUAAAAAAAGAACAAUAGAAUAAAAAUGGCCGCUGUUCAACGUAAAUUGGUACACAAACAAUUCAACUCACCUAUGGGCUUGUAUUCUCAGCAAAAUGUCAAGGAGACAUUAAAUCGUGAGCUUAAAGCUUUUGGAACUGAUGGGAUCGAAAUCGAUGAACAAAUUGCCCGUCCCCUUAACUUGGCCAACUCGGCUGUUUUGCGUGCCGUCGAAGAAGAAGAACAAAUGAAGUGUGAAAUGUUUGAGCAAUCAUUAAAAACAGAAAGACAAAGUCGCUCUAGACAACGUUUUUAUUACCAGCGACCACAUACACCGGUGCAUCAACAUCAAUUGGAACAAAUCAAAACGCAAUACUUAAGCCAUCAGCACGAUAUAACAAUUGACCGUGAUACAGUUUUAAAGAUAAAUCGCCUGGCAACACGAAGAAAUUUACAUAAACGUGAACACAGCUGGCCACCGACAACAAUGACAGCAACUGGAUGUAUUGUCAACUACAAUGAACUACUAAAGAAUGUUGAUGAAAAGGGAAAAAUAUUAAGUCUACAGCAACAACAGCAGCAGCAUAUACGCAGUACUUCGCACGACAAUGCGUUACAAUUUGAUGAAACUGUUUGUAAACGUCAUGGCAUUGAUGUAAUACGGAAUAAAUUCAAUAGUCCAACUAGAAUAAUUGAACCUACUGCCCAAGAGGUUAGACAAAGAAGGGAACAACAACGCAAGCUACAGCAACAAAAACAAAAACAACAACAGCAAAAGCAGCAGUCACAACAACAAACUAGAAGUCGAAGUGAUGAUGCUGGCAGUGAAGUUGAUUGUAGUGGUGGGGGAGUUGCAAAGAAUAAACCUAAACAAAUGAUUAAUCUGUUGAAACAUGAAGAGCUAUUGAGAAAAAAUUCCCCCAAUAAAUCAGCCACUAUGACGGACACCACAGAUAAUGCCCAAAGGACCACGAAUGAAAAUGAUGCAGUGGAAAAAAAUAAUGAAAACUUACCUGAACGCGAAAUAAAGAAUGACAAAUCAACUGAAAUGGAUUGUGACAAAAACCUAAAGAACAAAGAGGAAGCCGAAGAUGAACUAUUUAAAACCACUACUCUACCAGUGACUAAAGGGUUUUCUCAUCCCGAAACUAAGGCAGCCGAUGAAGACAUAGGUUUAGUAGAACCCAAAAGACAAUACUAUGAACAAUUGUGUUCUAGCAGGAAAUGGCAUAGUUAUGAAAAUCUUUUGGCUGCAGCAAGUGGAAUCCCAAUCUUAAGCAAACCUUUAGCUCCACAAAUGCACAAACGUCAAGCUCAUUCUCUAGAGAGAGGACGUGAAGCACGCCAACAUAAACAAUUGCCACCACAAAAGCCAAGAAUUUCUCCCAAGCUACAAAGACGUUCUAUGAAACUAGCUACUGAGAUAAAGAUUUCUUAUGAUGCCGAUGCCCAGCAACAUAAUAUACAAGUUAAAUCUUUAAAUCAACCCAAAAAGCAGCAAACUGCAGCAACAGUCCCAACCACCACUCUCGAUGACUUAGAGCAUAUACCUUUACCGGCUACACCAGAUAAAUGCCGUUCUUUACCAGUAACUGUAGAACAAAAUAGUGAACAACAGAAUGUAGUUGAUGCAAAAACAAAGUCCCUUAAAGACCAACAAAUUUAUGACGAUUCGUGUAUAUAUUUAAGAUCCAUAGAUUUACAGGAUAAUACCGUGGCUUAUAUACCAGCUGCCAUAACAAUUGUGCCCUCACCAACAGAGGAAAUAAUGCAACAUUGGAUGGAAUCCAGUAACCUUAAGGCCAACAUUAAAGGAGUUAAUGAUAUUGAGACAGCAGGCUGCAGCAAAACAGCAAGCAAUGAUUUGAAAAAUGAAAAAAAUGAAAAUUUAAUAUCAAUGUUAAAACAGGAAUCUGUUAAAUCAGUAGUAAAGCCCGAGGGUAUUAAACAACAACAGAAGCACCAGCAACAACAUCAGCAGCAACAAAAUGACAAACAUGAAGCUGGCGUUGAAACGAAAGCAGAAACAGACACGUAUGUGACACGUUUGCCAAGCACACCCAACGGCAUACAGCUAACACGUCAAACAAGUGUCAACACUAAACGUAGCAGCAACAACAACAAAGACAACAAAAUAUCUACCACCUCAGCGAUGACAAUUGAAACAGCAAAAACACACGCAACUCUACAGCAACAACACGAAUCUCAAUCUCCAGGGGUUAAACAUUCAAAUGCAACAGCAACAACAGAAUGUAAUAAAAUUGCUAAAGAAGUUGACAAACCAGAUCAACAAGGUGUUUACUAUACAGAUGGUGAAUUUAUAUAUGGUCCCUAUGAUCCCUUUAAUGGAGCACCACUUGCCAAUGCUACCGUUCGUUCCUUAGAAGCUGAACAACAACAAAAACAACAACAGCAGUUACAUCAAGAAUCGAACCAAAUUAAAAAAGAUAUUGAAGCGGAAACAAAAACUCAGCAUAAAAAUGAGAUUGCCAAUCUAACAGCAAAAUAUGAACAUAUACAGAAAUCCAUAAACGAACACCUAAGGCAAAUUGAUGCAUAUAUUGAAAAUGCUAAAGCGGCAUUAAAAUCCACCAUAGCAACUGGCAAUAAACCAGUGUCAUCUUUUCCCUCUUUGCCUCACAUUUCUGAAAAGGAACAAUUUUUAACAUCACAACCACAAAUACACUAUGAAAGCAACAUAAAGUCACCACCAAACGAAACCCCUUUAAAGGAAAUUUUAAGAAAAAUCACUAAUAUCAUGCAAGAAGUAAAACCUUUACACCGAAACGAAAAACCUAACAAACAGGAAACCUACAUGCAUGAAACUACAAUUGGCAACGCACAACAAGAUGGAGAAGAAAAUAUGCCUAUAGUGGAUAAAGUUUUAAUGGAUCUAAAUAUGUUGACCAAACAUUUAACUGAAUUUGAUAAGACUACAAGUCAAGAGCUUAAGCCAAUUAUGGAACAACUCCAGCAAACACCACUCAACUUACAAUUUGAAACUAGACCUACUGCAACAACAGCCUCACAUGUUCUUAUAACGGAAGAGACAACAAACAAAGAAAAUUCAUUGGAAACAGCAAAAAAUCAACAGCUCAAAGAAGCAAAAACUAUGCAAUCACCACCGACGCCACCACCAUUACCUCCUCCUCCUUCUUCUUCGAUGUAUAAACAAGUGAAACCAAGAAAAGAACAUAUUGGAGAUGAGCAAUUACUGGCCACUGACAAGCUAAUAACAACAGCUCAAAUACAAAGUCAGCAACAUACACCAGUAACGUCAAAUUUUCUACAAAAAGAAAUGACAAUGUCAGCGUUAACGCCCAAAGAUGAUACUACCACCACAGCUACCAAGGAUAAAAUGAAGAAUUUCGUUUAUGAUUUUAUAACAGCACGACAUGAGCAGGAACAACUUGUCGGGCAAGUAAUUGACACACUGGAAAAGUUGGAAAAUGAAACGAAAGAAAAUCUAGUUAACAUACACGUACCACCUGCACAUGAUGAUGAGCAGAUCAAAUCAAAUUUAAAUCAACAAACACCAACAUCAAACACACAAACAAAAAAGGAAGAGGAUAAAGCAAUAAUGCAAAAUUGCAACAUUUCCGUUUUGGCAAAUGCCUCUGGCAAAGAUGCUUGUAAUCAUGACAAUCAUGAUCCAAAAUCAACUAAAGGUAAUGAAUCUCAGCUGAAAUUGCAUAUUAAGGAUUUUGCUGACAAAAUAGCUGAUAAGCAAUUUCAAAAAUAUGACAACCAACCACCAAAGAAGAAUACCAAUGAUGUGGUCAACACUAACAGUAAUAAUAACAAACCUGGCCAAAGGCAUCAUACAACAACAGUACAUGAACAUAAUAAUAAACAUAUAAGUUCUUGUCAUCAGGACGAUGACGUUGCUAUUGCUGAUGAGGAUGACAAGGAUAAUAAAAUAAAGAAGAUGAUGGAACAGGAGCAGCAUCAAGAGGAGGAAGGUGAUAGUAAUCACAGCAGUGCUAGUGAAUUAAGUAACACUUAUAAAUCCUCCUAUGAACUUCCUAGUCCAUAUAUAACAGUGCGUCAAAUAUCCUGGGAGGAUGUUCAGGCAACAACCACACAAACAACUACAAACUUUCAAAAACAAAGUGAGAAAGUUGAAACUGCUACAGCAGCAGUAUCAACACCAAAUCAUGACAUACCAAUUGCACAAAUUUGUACCAAAUCUCCAGUGACAUUUUGUGCGACGACUGCAACAUUGACGCAAGCAUCGCCAGUCACGACAAGUGGUCAUGUUGAAAUGCAAUCAACGACAGCAUUAAAACCACGCAUACAAACUAGAAAACAACCAUCACCACCAACACACCAGCAGAAACAACACGACCUUACCCACAUUACUGCAGAUGAGGGUAGAAAAUAUCCAGCUCCCCUAAUUGAGCCCCAUUUGCCAACACGUUCAACAUCACCGUUUGGUUUAAAUGCCAUCGAAUUACCCUUUAAACAACGACGAUCAACCUCAGUGUCACCCACACGUCUACGUAAAAUAAGAAUUGCUCAGGAUGCCUUAGAUUCUAGUGCAACCAGAAAAUAUCCAUCACCAUUAGUUGAACCUCAUUUGCCAACACGAGCCACAUCACCAUUUUGUCUAAAUACAGUUGAAAUGAAAAAUGUAAAACGUUCAGCAUCAACAUCACCCAAACGCAUCCAGCAUACACAACUGCGAACAUCGCCUAAAACAGUUGAUGAAAUGGCCAUACGUAAGUAUCCAGCUCCACUAGCGAAGCCUCAAGUACCUACGCGAGCAGCAUCACCAUUUGGUUUAAAUGCCGUGGAUGUUUUUCAUUUAACAAGAACCACAACACCAAUUCCAGCACAUGGACUGGAGGUCAAGUACGAUGAAGAUGAGCAGGAACAAGACUAUAAAAAUGAUGAUGAUGAUGAAAAUAAAGAUAAACCCAUUUCACCCAUACGCAAAUAUCCACCAGCACUAAUUGAGCCGCAUGUACCAACAAGAGCUGCCUCGCCAUUUGGCUUAAAUGCUGUAGAGACAAAACAAAAAGUUCAACGUCAUCGUACACCUUCGCCAGCACGAGGACAUCACUGUCAGCAUCCACAUUCACAUCAAGCAGCAACUUUAAAAUUAUCCUCCACUGCCACUGACAGACGCAACAAGACAAUCGCUUAUGUGCCACAGGUGGAAGGUCAUAAUAUUGGCUUACUAGUACGCUCUAGCACUCCUGCACCUUACUUUUAUACAGAGUCCACCUCUCAGACAACACGUCUUCAAAGUGAGAUAAAUGCAACAAAGACCUCAUAUGAUUAUGCCACGAUGACUGCCCGAGAUAUCAGUGGUAAUAAGUACUGUGAGAAGAAUGAUAUGGGACGUGAUGCUGCCAACGAAAACGACUACAUCUCCGUCGUAGUCACCGAUGAUGAUGAAGCGACAUGUGAUGAAUUACAACGCAUUAAUACAAUUAGCUCAACCAAACAAGUAAAACAACCAAAAAUGCGUAAUUUAAAUACCAUAGGUACUACAGCAACAAAAACAAUGGAUCAGCCUCAAAAACAACAACAUUAUGCACAUCAGGAUGCAAGCAGUAGCGGUCCACAUAUGGACGUUGACGUGAUUUUACUACCAACAUCUGUUAUUAAUCGUUCAUUUGAUAAUGUUUCGCCUCGACCCUACAUUUCGAUAGAAGGUUAUAAACGUGUAGCUUGGCCACCAGCAUCUGAGGAAAGAAUUGUACGUGAAUUUACACCACAACCUCAGACUCAAUUCCCACCAGCUCCCGGUUAUAAUCAACAACCAGCUGCUCAAGCCGCCGCUGCUGUACCACCAACUCAGGAACCAAAUUAUUACAAUAAUGUACAACAACACCAUGCACCCAUAAAUUAUAAUAAUACUAAUAAUAAUAAUUUUGCUCGUGAAAAUAAUUCACCUUAUAAACAAACUCAAAAUCAAACUGAUUAUGAAGCGUUUCCUCCACAAACCCCUGAAACCCCAAUUAUAUUAAAAGACAAACAAUUUAGUAGACUACCGUCUCAUGAACCUAAUAGUGUACCAUAUCAAUAUCAGCAAGAACAAGAACACCAUCAGGAACAACAAUAUCAACCACCACAAAUCCCACAACAGCAACAACCACAAUACCAACAACCUUUGUAUAAUCAACAAAACAAUCCACACCAUCAGCAUCAACAUCAACAACAAUAUCAACCUAACCCACAAAAUGUUGCUUAUCCACAACAACAAUAUCAACCUAACCCACAAAAUGUUGCUUAUCCACAGCAACAUCAACAACAACAACCCCAUUACCCACACCAGGAAGAGCAUCAUCAACAACAAACCCUAUCUGGUUGGAAACCCAUACGUCCACCUCAGGCUAAGCCCGAAACUUUAUUUACCGGUGCUUAUAGUGUUAGAGAAACUACUCCCACUGUAGCUCCCAAUCCUAUUUAUCAACAACAAUAUCAAAACUAUCACCAACAGCAACAAUAUCGUGCACCAUCCUAUGAUAAUCAACAACAACAAUAUCAACAACCUCCACAACAUCAAGCACAACAACAAUAUCCCCCACAACCCCAGUAUCAAGCUCAGGCUCCAGCACAAAAUCAAUAUCAACAACAACCUCAUGUGGGAUCGCAAUAUCAGCAACCCCCUCAACAACAAUAUCAACAACCAGGCCAACCUGCUUGGGCUCAACAACAACAACAAUAUCAGCAACCACCAUGGGUGCAACAACAACCACCUCAACAACAGCACCAACAACCUCAAUAUCAAAAUCCAUCCAUAAAUCAAUAUAAUCAAGCACCUUAUCAUCAACAACAACCACAACAACAAAAUCAAUUUGUACCACAAACCAAUCAACAACAAUUUAAUUCUUAUUCACAGCCCCAACAACAACAGCACACCGUGUCUCACGAUCAGGUCGAUCAGCAGCAACAUUACCAACCCCAAUUGCCACAGGAACAACGUGGCGCCAGCCCUGGUAUUAUAACAUUGCGCAAAGAGGCACCAAUUACCCAAAAACCAGCACCCGUUUACGCAUCUCAGCCCGCAGCUACUAGCUAUAGAGAAUCUUCCACUGACUCAUUAGGCGGCUCCAGCAUGCGUGGAGAUUUGAAGUGGCCACCACCAGAAUACAAAGAGGCUGCUGCCAAAGAAAAUGAGGAACGUCGCAAGUUGGCCUUGGGCCCAGUAUGCAGGCCGAGAAAAGUCAAUCGCGACUACACCUCAUUCUUCGCCAAGAAUGCUUUGAGUCAUCACUAUCCCAGCUAUAAAGUUCCUCCAGGCACACAACACAUGAUUAAUUAAAUUAGCCACUUUUAUUUAAAAUAGUAAUAGGAACUACAACUACAAAAAAACAAAGAUGACGGAAACCCCACUGCAAACUAAGGAAAUGAUUUACCCAUAAUGUUUAAGAAAAAAAACUUAACGAUAAAAAUUUUACUAAUAACUUAACGAAGGAACUAACUUUAAAGAAAAACAAUAUCAAAAAUCAAAUUAAAGAAAAUAAGAAUUUAGAUAAAAUUUCU